GUCUCUCCUGCGUAGCAGCAAGUUGUGCUCCCAGAAGCUACCUGAGAUCUGGUGGUGAUCUACCUGCGAUCUGGUGCUGAGAAGAAGAUGGCGAAGCGCAAGUCGAUGAGCUCCAAGAUGGCGUCGAGGAAGAAGCCGGCGCCCAAGCUGGAGACCACCUUCAGUUGCCCCUUCUGCAACCACCCCGACAGCGUGGCCUGCACCAUCGACCUCAAGCUCUUGGUGGCCACCGCCGUCUGCUACAUCUGCGAGGAGGCCUACCACACCACGGCGCACCACCUCACCGAGCCCGUCGACAUCUACCACGACUGGAUCGACGCCUGUGAGAAGGCCAACCAAGGCGUCGAACUCCAAGCCCUGGACUCCCACAAACGACAGCGGCCAGUCGGCAGCGACGACGACGACGAUAGCGAUGCCUGAUUGAUCGAGUUUGGUUUCAUGGAUCGAUCGAUACUACCUCAAUCUAAUCCUGCGUAGUUUGAUGUUUGAUCGUGUCUCUGUUGCUGCGCACUGUGUAGCUCAUGAGUUCUGAUCAUCACCCAAUCUUGUACGUAUGUACUGAACCUGUGACUGGUUUCGCUGUUGCCUUUUUUUCGACCCACGAGAGUACCUAGUCCUUUUCCAAAUCGAAAGAAAAAAAGAGUACCUUGUCGUCUAUAGAAAAAAAUGUUCGCACCGUUCAAGAACAAAGACGCUCUGCAAGUUCAGAACCACAAGGGUGAAGCAGACAGAUUCCUCCUGUCAGGAGAAUGAAUCAAUUUCAGCUAGCAGAAUCACAAGAGCUGCUGGGGUUAUCCUAAAUCU